ACUAGUCCCCCGAGGCCCGCGCACGAGUUACGCUCGCUACAUCGCGAACAUGAAGUGCAUUAUAUUUUGUGCCCUUUUAUUUUGUUUUUGGAAUGUGAAUGGUCGCGAAAUAGACUUUAAGCAAGAACUCCAGGCGCUGGGCGAACAGAUCGAGUUGCUUAAAACUCUUCACCUUACCGACGUGUCCCGCCUGAAGAAGGAAAUCGACGAACUCAAGAAAAAUCCACCUUCUGCGUGCACUGACAAUCAUGAACGCAACGAGCAUGCCACCUUGGAGUGGGCCAAGAGCUCCAUGAAGGAACUUCGUACUGAGAUGCGUGAGCUUAGCCGCAACGUCAACAGCUCCAUUCUCCUUCACCAGCUCCACACCAUUCGCAAUGAGUUGAAACGAGCUUUGUCGGAAGCUACGGACUUGACUCAGCUCGCCAGAACCCAGGAAGCAAGAGUUGACAACCUGGAUAGAGAAAUGGGUCGGCUCAAGUUAGAAGGUCAGCAGAUGAGAAGUGUGACUGCACAUUUGCGCACGCAUUUCGGAAAACUAACUAAGGAGCUUAAAGCUAAGCAACUUGAAGAUCUUAAUAUGGACAGUUACAACGACGUUCUGGAGCCACAUGAAAUCAGGGCAGGAGAGUUGAAAGCGGAGCACAGUCAUAAGUUUCGUCACAACAAAAUGGUUCAUGCGCAAAUUUCUCGUCUGGCUCGCAGCCAAGACCAACUUGAUGAGUAUCAACAAAAUCUACAGGCACAAAUGCUUGAUAUACAAAAGCGCCUUGAUCACGUUGAAGAAUCUAACUGGGAUCUUGUGUCCGCUAAAGUAGACUUUCUCGAAAUUGAAACAAAAUCAUUGCGAGGCGAGCUUCUAAAUACCUCUCAGAAAAUAUCAGAUUUCGAUAAAAUACAUUCUUCAAUGUUAGAAUUACGUGAAGACGUCGAAAGUAUUGAGAACAAAGCUGAUAAAACUAUACCGGAAUUUCGGAAAGAAAUAUCCAAAUUAGAUGUCAGUUUCGCACAGCUCAAUGCACAAUCGUCUUAUUUAAAAGAAGAUCAAGAGAAUCUACGACAGUCAGUGAAAGCGAUUGCUGUAAGUGUAAGCAACGCUAUUGAUCGAGCCGAAAUAGACCGCCUCGUUAUUAAGAAUAUUAACGAUUCUAUAGCCGAUCUGGAAAUUAAGUCUAAGCAGCAUUACUAUCGCCUUAAUGAUCAUAUUCUUAAGAGUGAAACUAACCAUUUUGAUAAAUUAACAAACGGUACAAUGGGACUUUCUUUGCCAGAUCUUAUGGUUGAAGUUAAAGAAUUACAACCUAUAGAGCGCGAGUACGAGGAUCUUGUUAAUCAGCUGUCAAAAGACUGUUCUAGUAUUUCGGGCCCUGCAGAAGCUUAUCUGAUCCAUCCCGGCAAUUACCCGAUUGAGACCUGGUGCGUCAACGGAAGCACUCUUCUUCAACGUCGUUAUAAUGGUUCCGUGGACUUCAAUCGCAAAUUUAACGAGUACGUUCGUGGUUUCGGUGAGCCAAAUUCCGAAUACUGGAUAGGACUAGAGUCUAUGCAUCAGUUGACUUCUGAUAACUGUUCCUCCAUGAGGAUUGAUAUGACUGAUAUCUACGGUAGCUGGUGGUAUGCCGAAUAUGAGUAUUUUGUUGUGGGAAGCGCUGACACUGGCUAUGUAUUGGACAUCGGUGGAUUCAAAGGAAAUGCGAGUGAUGCAUUUGAAUAUCAGAAUCAUAUGGAAUUUUCGACUAUUGAUCGCGACCGGGAUAUCUCUAAUACCCAUUGUGCUGGAAAUUACGAAGGUGGAUGGUGGUUCUCGCACUGCCAGCAUGUAAACAUUAACGGGAAAUAUACCCUUGGACUGACUUGGUUCGACUCUGCUAGGAACGAGUGGAUUGCUGUGGCGACCAGCGAGAUGCGUAUGUACCGCCGACCUGGUUGCUCUUAGACAGUGCGCUGUUCAUUACGAUGCAUUAAUUAUUCAAUCAUAUAGUCGCACACUUACGUGCUUAAUUAUUAAAAUUCAAAAUAAUUAUUACAUAUAUUAAUCAUACCAAAGAUAACUUAGUAAAAUGGUACUUAAUAUUUAAAGUUUGAAGAAAGUGAGUAGAUUCUUGUAGGAUAAAUAUAUACUCUCUUGCUGUUUAGUCUGUUUAUUUCAAAUCAAU